AUGCAGGACUUUAGAGCCAAUGCAAAUGUUAUCAUUAAGAGUUUUAAUGCAGAAUAUAGGAAGACUCCACUGCGGAUAAAGGUGAUCGAUGCCUUCAUGGUGUAUGCCCUGCUCACUGCUGCAGUACAGUUCGUGUACAUGCUCUGCGUGGGCACCUUCCCCUUCAACUCCUUCCUGUCGGGGUUCUUCUGCAGCAUUGGAUUUUUCGUGUUGACAGUGAGCCUUCGGAUGCAAGUGGAUCCCAGCAGUGAUGAGUUCAAGGGCCUCUUGCCAGAGCGUGCCUAUGCAGACUUUGUCCUGUGUGGCUGCCUGCUCUUUCUGGUGGUGUGGAACUUCAUGGGAUAA